UUUUUAAUUGAAGAAUGUGGUUAUAAUUUUGGAAAAUCAUUUAAAAGUGUUGAGUCAAUUAAUUAUGGUAUAGGCUUUGAAAUGGGGAAAUUAAAGGCUUGGGGUAGUUGUGAAGUAAUUCAGAAAGUUGAGGAAUUGGAUAUUAAAUUGGAUGCUUUAUGGCAAGCAAUGGUUUAUUGUUUUUUGAAGGAAAACGGAAAAAAGGUGAAAUUAGAAAUAGAAAAAUUAAUUUUAAUUCAAAAAAAUUUUCCUCAAUUUAAACAAAUGUCUGUGAGAGUAUGUGGGUAA